AUGGCAAUGCCACUCUCUCUUCUGCUUCUCUCUCUUCUUCUAAUCCCAGCCUUCACUUCCUCUUCCCCAGUUCAAGAUCCUGAACUUGUAAUACAAGAAGUACAAAAGAGCAUCAAUGCAUCAAGGAGAAAUUUGGGUUAUCUCUCAUGUGGAACUGGAAACCCCAUUGAUGACUGCUGGAGAUGUGACCCCAACUGGGAGAAGAAUCGGCAACGGCUAGCCGAUUGCGCAAUUGGAUUUGGAAAGCAUGCCAUUGGAGGCAGAGAUGGCAAAAUUUAUGUGGUCACAGACGCAGGGGAUCACCCUGUGAACCCUAAACCAGGCACCCUCAGAUAUGGUGUGAUCCAAGAUCAGCCACUGUGGAUCGUUUUCAAAGGUGACAUGGUGAUCAAGCUGAAGGAAGAGCUGAUGAUGAACUCGUUCAAGACCAUCGACGGCAGAGGAGCCAGCGUCCACAUUGCCGGUGGGCCCUGCAUAACCAUACAGUAUGUGACCAACAUUAUAAUUCAUGGACUGAACAUUCAUGACUGCAAGCAAGGAGGAAAUGCCUAUGUGAGAGAUUCACCUAGCCAUUACGGCUGGAGGACUUUGUCUGAUGGAGAUGGAGUUUCAAUUUUUGGUGGAAGCCAUGUUUGGGUGGAUCAUUGCUCUCUGUCGAAUUGCCGGGAUGGGCUCAUCGAUGCCAUCCAUGGAUCCACAUCCAUCACCAUCUCCAACAAUUACAUGACUCACCAUAACAAGGUCAUGCUCUUGGGCCACAGUGAUUCCUACACACAGGACAAGAACAUGCAAGUCACCAUUGCCUUCAACCAUUUUGGAGAAGGGCUUGUUCAGAGGAUGCCAAGAUGUAGACAUGGGAAUUUUCAUGUGGUGAAUAAUGACUAUACUCAUUGGGAAAUGUAUGCCAUUGGUGGCAGUGCCUCUCCAACCAUCAACAGCCAGGGCAAUAGGUUUCUGGCACCAAAUGAUAGAUUCAACAAAGAGAUCACUAAACAUGAAGAUGCGCCACAGAAAGAGUGGAGCAAAUGGAACUGGAGGUCUUCAGGAGAUUUGCUGUUAAAUGGAGCUUUCUUCACAUCAUCUGGGGCUGGAGCUUCUUCUAGUUAUGCCAGGGCAUCGAGUUUGGGUGCAAGACCAUCCUCACUAGUGAGUUCACUUACAGCUGGGGCAGGUUCAAUCAAGUGCAGGAAGGGCUCGCGUUGCUGA